AUGGGUUCGGAAAAACUUUUAUCUGGGAGAGCAACAAAACAAAAUCCGUUGUCCUCCUCUUCAACUUCGCACGCAAAAGCUGCUACUAUACCCUCAGAACUGAUCCUACAAAUUUUCAAAUACGUAACUACUACUGCCGACCUUAAGUCUUGCAUUUUAGUAUGCAAAUCAUGGUGUCGGUGCGGAGUUGAAUUGUUAUGGCAUAAGCCAGUCUUCACUGGCACUGCAUCCCUUAUUAAGCUGCUGGUCACAUUAUCACGUACCACUCAAACAUUUCAAUACUCCCUUCUCAUCCGUCGUCUUAAUUUUUCUUUUUUGGGCGAGAAUAUAAACGACCAAAUUCUUGCCCGAUUGAGCUCCUGUGAACGAUUAGAGAGGCUAACUCUUGGAGGUUGCAGAAGGGUGACGGAUAUAGGGCUUUUGAAAUUGCUAGAAAAGGCCGAUGGUCUGGUGGCUUUAGACGUGUCAGACAUUGAAAAUCUGACAGAUUCGGUAGUAGAACUGGUUGGUGAACGAUGUCGGCGAUUACAAGGUUUGAAUAUUAAACUUAGCAAUUGCGACAAUAUUACCGAUGAAUCUGUUGUGGUUUUGGCUAAAAAUUGUCCACACCUAUUGGAAUUAGAUCUUACCAAUUGUAACCAAAUAACCAAUAAAGCAAUUAAACCAGUUUUCGAAAAUUGCACACAAUUGCGAGAACUUCGACUUGCUUGCUGUGCUCUUCUCACCGAUGAAUCAUUUACAAGAACAACGCCAUCGUUAUUUGAACAGCUACGUGUGCUAGAUCUUACAUCAUGUACUCUUAUCACCGAUCAAACGCUUUUCAAGAUUGUUCACAGUGCACCUAAAUUACGCAAUCUCGUUUUGGCCAAAUGCGGUAAUAUUACGGACGAAGGAGUAUAUCACAUUACUCGAUUGGGAAAACACUUGCACUAUCUUCAUCUUGGCCAUUGUUAUCGUAUUACAGAUCAUUCAAUAACUCACUUGGCUCGUCAUUGUACUCGUUUACGGUAUCUUGACUUGGCAUGUUGUAACCAACUUACAGAUGUGUCAGUUUUUGAGCUUUCUAACUUACCAAAGCUGCGUCGAAUUGGAUUGGUGAAAUGUGCUCUUAUAACUGAUCAGGCCAUAUUUGCUCUAAUUGAAAAUCGUGUUGUAGCGCAUACUCUCGAACGAGUGCACUUGUCUUAUUGUGUCAAUCUUACAAUCAACGCAGUGUUGGACUUAAUUAAUUUUUGUUAUCGGUUGACACAUUUAUCUCUUACCGGUGUUCAUGCAUUUCUACGUCCGGAUGUUCAACGUUUUUGCAGGCCGCCACCUAAAGAAUUCACCCCUCAUCAGAGGCAAGUGUUUUGUGUUUUCAGCGGUAAAGGUGUAAAAGAUCUGAGGGCAUAUUUGAACAAUACGCUUAUUGGACAACAAAGAGGUCGCAUUACUGGUGUGGUUGGCGAUGUCGAGGACCAAGUACAGGAACCCAUAACGACUGGUGCUGAUAUUGAAGAAUCUGUAGUAUCUGAGGCAGAAGGUUAG